AAGAAUUUACGUCAAUCUCGAAAAUGCAUCUAAUUGUUAAAGAGUGUAUGAGGAGAGAAGAAUGCUCCUCAGAGAGAUCUAUGGCACGUUACAAGAAGGUGAGGCACAAAUUAGCACCUUGCACCUCCCUCGUAAAGUAACAUCACGAGACAGCAAUACUCUGGCUAGCCUGCGGGCGACGCGGCCGCCGUGCACCGGUAAAGUACCUCAUGUUACUCUCCUCUGCCCUUCCCCGCAGGCUCGUGGGAGAGAAAAUCUCCAGCUUCCAGUGCCUCGUAAUCCGAGUACGAAAAGGGUAAUUAGACUAAGAGGGGAGGAUAAUUGGGGCAAGGUAGUAGGAGAGUGAGGGAGGAUAAUUAUAAGCGAGAGGGAUCUGACCCGCACCUUGCGUCACCUGGGGGUAGGGCAGAGCAGCGCCCGCCUCCAUGUCUCCUACGCUCUCUCACUACCUGCCUCCACCCGCCCUUUUUUGGUAUCUAUUUUAAUAUUAUAACCACUUCUAUUUAACCAGUAUCGUCUCGUACAUAUUUCGCCAGCUCUGGGCUACUUGAAGCAUUGGUGUUGCUGUCGAUAGUUGGGCACUGAGCCGUGGCUGUGAUAUGUGGCUAACAAGGUUACGCUCGCCAAGAUUACUGCUCGCGAAAACCAUCCCGCAUCGGUAAUAUUUGCUGGGCGUUUUCGGCCGAAUGAGGGAUGAAGACGAUAGCUGGGCAGUUGUCUGUGUGAAGUGGACGAGGCCGCAAGGAAGCAGCCAGGCCUCUCCUGCACCACCAGCACCCACACCUGAAGGUGGUCACCACACGUGAUCGUCGCCACCACCAGCCAAUACCUCUUCUUCAGGCAGGUGAAAGUCAAGCAUUGCAGAGCGAGGUCCAGCGUGUAUACCAUCGUGGCGGUGACCAUAAACAGUGCCACUCACAACCUGCUGUUCACCCCCCCCCCUCCAGCUGCAGCUGCUGCAGCUGCUGCUGCUGCCCACGACACUCAGUCUAGCCGCAAGCACCACGCUGUUAGGGCGUCCCAAGGAUCUCUCCAGCACUGAGUUACGCGGUCACUCACCAGGAUAUAUUUACAUACACGAGUGACGUACAUCGGACACUCUUGGUGCACAUAGAUAUACAUAUGAUUACCUUAUGCGGUGUCGUCAAAAUAAGUGCAGUGAGGGGCUAUAGUGACACUGGGUCCUGGUGCCUGUGAAUGAAGUGACACAAGGUCUUCCCUUGACUGUGAAUGAACACAGUACACUGAGAGAGCUGUACGUCACUACACACGCUCCACUCAUCAUUUUUCCUGCAUGGGAGUCGCCUACGGGUUGGACUAGAACUAGACGAGGCCACCCCAAACACCUGUGACUGCAGCUGCUGUUAGCGCCUGUUCGACUUCCAGAGAGACGCAAAGAGGACAACGACGCAGGAAUACGUACACGAAGACAAUCUUGGACUCGUAAAUGAAGAAACAAGAUAUUGGACAUAUGCAAGGUUCUGCAUAAUAAAAGUAAUAAUCAACGAAAAUAUCUAAGCAAAUAUUUCAAGCUCGGUUAGCACACACAAAACAACAAACGUACACGGAAAUUUUCCUGCCUAACAGUGGGUCUGAUUUCACCAGUGAGCAUAAGUAAACGAAGGACGCAGAGGCUGGAUUGUUAAUCAUAUCAAUGUGAACUUGAGACGGCCUCUACGAGAUCUUCAAACAGUGUUGUCAAGACUCGGCCAGCCAGAAAACCUUAGGAGUUCCCAUUGCUUACUCCAACACACCGCCAUUCCCAUACCUUGUUGUUAAGAUAUAAUUUCAUACCACGGAGCUCUUCACUUGCGACGACCACCUAAAAGGGAUAAUAGAGGGAUCGUUAGAGACUCCCAGGAAGGUGCCGCACCACCCAGCGUUGCUUAGUCGAAAAUCCGAUUGUGGUUGUAGAACGAGGGUGGAGUGAUGAGGGCGUGAGGCAGCAGUUGUAGACAGCAGGGGUCCUGGCUGAUGUAGCCGCAGCAUCCACUCCCUGCUGAGACGCCAGCCACGCCUGCCCUCUACGCACCGACUCCAUCACCACACCACCUCCCACUCCAUGCAUAUCACCUGCAUCUUGCGAAGUGUUUGUGCUUAUGGAGAACACUGAGAGCAUAAAAGAAUAAAUUUAAUUAUUUAUCCUGUAGUCAACAAGUCUUCUUAACUGAACUUGAAAUCUCGAGGAGAUAAGGAAAUUCAAUUGUCUGUACUCUGCUUCACGUUUUUACAUUUCCCAACGAGCAUUACUUGUGAGAAAUUAGAUGCAAAAAAUUGUAAUCUUUACCCUUUAGUUCUCGCUGGCGGUGGUUCAGCACGUCCAUGUAUACAGCUACCUAACUGAACGAGUCUGGAGGACCCCCAGCCAGGGACGACUCCGCCCGUAAAACAGACACAUCGAGGCCCUUACCGUGUAAACCGACACCCUGGCCACACUCUUGUCACCACACGCGCUUCCUCCUCUUCAAACCAACCCUUGCAGAGUCUAACUAAUCUGAAAUAUCCCAUUUAUGCCCUUAAUGAUCUCCAUUACCGGUGAUCUCAAUCUAACCCUCAACAAAACGCAUAUUUGAGGCUGGAGCCAGUCACCUGCGCAUUCCAGGCGUAGGCCGGGCCCAGCAGGGCUUUGUUGUGGCUUGGUGGGGAGGCUGCCUUAUCUGGGGCGGAGACGCCCAUCCUCCGCAGAUAAGACACUCACUUUCGCCCGCCUUGCCAUGUUAUCGCUCGUUGGACAUCCUGUGAAAAAGGACACCUCUGUGACGCUGUGAAGGACGCACCAACGGUAGCGGACUGACAUCAAGCAUGGUGGUGAGCGACUCUGGAUGGUGUUGAAUAGUCUGACAGGAAACAAAACUUAGGUUGUGACAGAAGGGCAAGAUCCGUGCUCCAAAAUACAGUACUGAAGAAUUUAUGAGUUGCAAAAAAAAUCGAUUUAUAGUGGCUCUUAAUAUCUGAUGGUCUGAAAGGUGUGACAGACUGGUGUAAUAUUUUUGAGCUGUGAGUCUUCCGAGUUCUUUAUAGCAGCAAAAACUCGUGUACACUUAAACCAGUUUUAAUACGUCAAUGAGAAAAUAUACCAGCGGCUACUGCUUCUAUUUUUUAAAGUCGACCUCAGAGACAUUAUAUUAAUCGCCUCUGUAUGCAAAUGAACCUCAUUUCGAAGCACGGUAAUGGAAGGUUUAGUAACGGCACCAACGAAGGCAAUUCCAGGCACCCACGCACACCCGCAACACUGAAGUGAGAGAAUCACCCAUAAGAGCCAAUCUCGUUCUGUGAGACCCCCGCCUACAACAAGUGGUGAGGUAAUGGUGGCAAACCGAGACCAAGAAUUAUAUAUUGGCAAAUACAACGUUAACUAAAAUUGUGUAAGCAAAAGAAUAUCACUGUUUGUACGGUAAGUGGGAAGACUCCAAGUGCACCCUACCUCCUCCCUCAUCCACUGAGCACUACAAUGUAACUUGUGAAUGCUAACGAGGUCUUAUUCGAUACACUUAUUUAUCAGGCUCUUAGAAAUCAAUAUCACAUUUCCUGUAGGUUUAUAGACAUUGAAGUACCUAAUAAAGACCUGCUGUAUUUGAAAUACAAUUUAGUAGGCUCUUAAGUGCCAUAUUUAUUAUGUAUAAUUUUGUAUUGUGAAAGUAUUGCUUUAGAUGCUCCCUACAUAUAGAUUAGAUAUAUAUUUUUGAAGAUAAAUAAUUUAUAUCAUUAGUUCAUUUAUUUAUAUAUACAUAUAUAAGUGGGUAAUUGUAUUCAUUAAGGGUUAAUAAAAUAUGAACUAUUGUAUGCUUGUGUUAUAGGAAUAUUUGUGUACUUACGAUCAUAGCCUAGUAUCAUCAGUUUUGUAAUUAAUAUAAGCUAUAUGUCCUAUUACUAACCAGUGUAUGACGUUUAAAAGUAGAAAUUGAACCACAACUCGCGAGAAACUAACCAUCAAUAAGAAAGUGACUUCAUUAAAAACGAGUCUUAGAAGGAAAAAUUUACACAGGAAGAGCGAAUCAUAAAUUCCGAGGGUGAUUUGUACCUGGCGAGGGUGAGAGGGGUCACUGUAGGGGGUAGGUGUGAGCUGUGGGCGCGCCGGUAGCCUACACAAAUACCCUUGAGCAAACAUCUCGACCUCCUCAAGAACCUGUGGGGUUCGGCUCUCACUCCUCUUGCCACUUGCGGCCUCCUGGAAAUCUGCCCUCUGGAAUCUCUGUGGAUUCGUGGCAUCUGGUAUUUAAUCUGGUCUUGUGGACUUGGGUGUGUAUAGGAUUUGUGUGAUCUUGUGAGAGAGGUGAUGUAUUUCGUGAUAGUGACGACUGCGACAGACAUUGUCACACUCACUUGAACGCUUGCACAUCAAAAAAUAUCUGUAUAUUUAUAUAUCAUUAGUUUUCAAUGAUGAUGAAUAUGGAUGACAUAAACGGGGCUAAAUAUGCCCUAAGGACUAAAUCAAUCAUUAAAAGAAUAGAAUCAGAGAAGAACAGAGCAACGUCGAAGAGGAGAGAGCCGAAGGAGAAGCAGAAACCUCCGCCGCUCAGCAAGUACCGACGCAAGACAGCAAACGCAAGAGAGAGGAACAGAAUGAAGGAGAUAAACGACGCCUUUGUCACGCUCCAGAAAGCCAUCCCGGAUCUUCCUGGAGCUGACGCUGAGAAACUCACCAAGAUCACCGUCUUAAGGCUCGCCGUCAAUUACAUCAACGCUCUCGCUGAUGUACUUAAUGAAGACAGCUUUGGUCCCAAGGAUAUUGACGGCGUGAGAGAAAUCUGGUGUUUAGAAAACGCUCAUAUGGCCCGACCAGAGCACUGUGUGAGACCUGUGAUAAGAACUAGCAAAAUGUCCACCAGUCCUACGAGCAAAAGUAAUAAAUGUAGUGUUAACAGCAAAACUCAUAAUAAAAUAUCUAAACCGAAGUGCCCUGUCACGAAAAUAAACGAAAAUAAAAUUAAAAAUGUGAUAGGUGGAAAAGGUUCAGUUAAGCGGCCAAGCAAAUCUAAAUGUAAAACAAAAAUGUGCAAAACAGCGAGUAUAGCGACCAACAACGGCGCGUACAUCACUCUCAAGAAUGUUGCUCUUCAGACACCGCCACAUAGACUGGGAAGAUUCGCCAACAAUGAACCGUUGAUGAUGUCCAUGACAGUCAAGAGACCCAGAAUGGAACAUUUUUCAGCAUCUCGAGAGACGAAAAUGCCUCGCCUAGAGCCUUUAAUGCCUCUGGUGACCGUCACUCAGCCCUUACUCGCCCUCACGCCCUACGGCACAGAAUUUUUGCACGUUCCAGCCUCCAUACCGGGUCACAACAUUCCAGAACCACUAGUGGGCGCCACACCUUUCACGCCACGUCGACCCUACACACACAACACCUCAAUGUUCUUCACUCAGAACGACACCAUUUCCCUCAAUGUCGUUCAAGAUCUCGACAGCCCUGUCGUGAGAAACGACGUACUACUGGAGUUUCCGAGAAGCGGAAGACAUUUAAGUGAUUCCUCGAGUGCCGAUUCGGCCUUCUCCAGCGAAGGUUCUUCCCCUCCGAGUCCCAUCACGGGCGCAACCUUUACAACCCCCGUCCCUAUACCCAUAGGAGACAGUUCUCCGUCCUUCUCCGUCACCUCCAGCGACUUCUCCGGUUGCGGAUCGACGUCAGACUGCGAGAGUGUGCUGGCGACGCCGGUGGAGCUCGGCAGUCUGCUGGGAGAUGAACCCUUCGAGGAAGAGCUUGACCACCUGACCUCGACCUUCGCUGAGGGUGACGACACGCUCAAUCUAUUUCUUGCUCACACGUCCUCGAACUUCAUCUGCACCGAUAUUGAUGACUGCUAGGAAGAUGGGAUUGGUUAGCGACUAAUGUACAAAUGCGAACUGCAGAGUUAGUACAGACUAUUUAUUGCCAGUGAUUGAGAAAACCAUUAAUGAUGAUUAUCGAUGGAGAACUGGUGAUUUCCGUAAAGUACAGUUGACUACCGGUAAUGUACGGAUAAUUACGGUUAAUAUACGGUGAUUACGGACCUCUACCGGUGAUUUACGAAUAACAACGGCUAAUGUGCCGUUGACUGCUGAUGAUAUGCAGAUACCUGCGAUUGAUAUACGGAUACCUGUGAUUAAUAUACGGAUACCUGCGAUUGAUAUAUAGAUACCUGUGAUUGUUAUACGGAUACCUGCGAUUGAUAUAGGGAUAUACGUGAUUGAUAUACGAAUGACUGCGAAUGGUGGAACAGCGAGUGACAAACGAAUCUGUGAGGGAGUGUGGAUGACAGGAAUCUCCAACACAACAGACGAACGUCUCAAAAGAAAGCCCAGCAUGACAGACAUCUGUCUCACAGGGACACCCAACACGACAAUAUCCACGAUGGAAUCUUGUUCGUGAUGUUGAUAAGUCACUGUUGGCCGAUGGUCAGUUGCGGGAACAGUAAUAAUAAUGGAACCGCUUCUAGGGAUGCCAUGAAAGUUUGUACAACACAUUACAUUUGUAACUGAGAGAUAAUGUAAUGAUCAUACGGAAUUUAAGUAUAGAAAUAUACAUAUCAACCAUCUGUGUUCACAUUUUUUUUGUAUAUAAGAUGUUUUCCACUUUUGCUUUUUAUGUAAAUAAAACGAUUUUUCCAUUUUCUUUUUGCCUUUAAUUGAAAGACCUCCAGCUC